AUGUCUUCCCUCACCCCCGAGACCUUGGCCCGCCUCCACCCUGUCCACCACAUGAUCCUCAACUUUCUCGCCCAAUCCUCCCCGUACACCAUCCUCCAGCUCAACAAGUACUACCGCCGGCGCGUCCUCCCAGACCUGUAUCAUACCCUCCCCGUUACCCAAAAGUCCAUCUGGGCGUUCGACGUGCCUGGCGAUGGCGCGCUGAGACCGCACUCUGUUAAAUACGCGAAGGUGCUCCAGGUGGUAGACGUUCAUUCUGCGAUACUAUUUGAGAACUACCGCUUGAAAGUUAAUGGGAGGUUAACUUUUCCCAUCAUACGGCUUCUCGAGCGUCCCAUCAUACCGCUUGUCAAACGGGUAGAGUUCUUCUGGGCGGUCGUGCGGGACGAGUACUUCUUCAAAUUUCAACACCGUAUGGGCAACGUCAACCCCGAGGAGCGCACGCUGUACAAUGAAGUUCAGCGCGGAGGCCAACUGCGUGAGGCUCUUGUGCACGUCGACUGCAGUGAUGAACGGGCAAGGUGCACAGAUGACGCGCUGGUAGAGAUUGGUUUCUUAUUCUCUCAAAACCCCGUCAACGUCGCGACAACUGUCGUCUUGCACACCGACAAAUGCGGUUUAGAUUACUCCCCAUGGUGUAAUCAUCUUCCCCUUCAACCGGAGAGGAUACUCAGAUUCGUGCUCUGGCUUGCGCCCGAGGCAAACGAGGAAACAGGCAGCACAGCGUCGUGUAUUCCCGCUGCAUCACCCUAUGUUCUCGAGGACUUUGCGGAGUUCAUUAUCUACGUCAUGGACCAUGUCAUGGAUCAAAGGCGGGAACAUGGGAACCGUCCUGAGGAAGAGGAAGACGCAGCGAAAGAGGCGGGAUUCGUCUAUCCCCCUGAACAGCUCGAGGUGGUAUGCGUAGAUGCAAGUCUUGUGGAGGAUCUUGCGAGAGCCAAUUUUUCGCCUCCAAAGCCCUUGUACUCGACAUCACCGCCGGUCGAGUUGGAGGGAUUCGAGUGGCCGAUAAAGUUUAUCGAACUGGACGAGAAGAUCGCUCUUGAAUACGAUCUGUGGAACACAAAACUAUAG